AUGUUAUCCAGUUCGAAUGGCGGCAAAAUUGUCGAGGAGCAAAGCUCCAUCUGCGCUGUGGAAUCGAAGCGCGCUCAUCAACUCGGUUCCUGUCAAUCUUGUAAACUGCCACAGGUUGGGUUCGUUGCUCCUAUUGGGCCGUCUAUUUUCUUCAAGGCGCUUACGGAGAAAUCUAGAUCGAAAUGCGGUUAG